UGAGUGACUUGCUGGUGACUGAUGUCGUAACCGGGGGGCGAGUGAGGGCAGCGACACGUCCCCCCGAGGGAGCUCUCAGGGCCCCGAGGCUGACAGUGCAGGGCUGAGAAGAGGCGAGAGUCCCGGCGUGAUUUAAGGAUCACAGUGCAGCUAUGGAUAGCGAACCAAACUCUGGAACAUCUUCAGUGUCAACAACAGCCAAUAGCACUACCACCACCACUAUCACCACUUCCUCCUCUCGAAUGCAGCAACCGCAGAUCUCUGUCUACAGUGGUUCAGACCGACAUGCUGUUCAGGUAAUUCAACAGGCAUUGCAUCGCCCCCCCAGCUCGGCUGCUCAGUACCUCCAGCAGAUGUACGCGGCUCAGCAACAGCACUUGAUGCUGCACACGGCUGCUCUUCAGCAGCAGCAUCUCAGCAGCUCCCAGCUCCAGAGCCUCGCUGCUGUCCAGGCAAGCUUGUCCAGUGGAAGGCCAUCUACAUCCCCGACAGGAAGUGUCACACAGCAGUCAAGCAUGUCCCAGACAUCUAUCAACCUCUCCACUUCUCCUACACCUGCUCAGUUGAUGAGUCGCUCCCAGGCUUCCAGUUCCACCAGCGGCAGUAUUACCCAACAGACUAUGUUACUAGGAAGUACCUCCCCUACCUUGACGGCCAGCCAAGCUCAAAUGUAUCUCCGAGCUCAGAUGCUGAUUUUCACACCCGCUACCACUGUGGCUGCUGUGCAGUCUGACAUUCCUGUUGUCUCGUCGUCAUCGUCACCUUCCUGUCAGUCUGCAGCUGCUCAGGUUCAGAAUUUAACAUUACGCAGCCAGAAGUUGGGUGUCUUAUCUAGCUCACAGAAUGGCCCACCAAAAAGCACUGGUCAAACUCAAUCAUUGACAAUUUGUCAUAAUAAAACAACAGUGACCAGUUCUAAAAUCAGCCAACGAGACCCUUCUCCAGAGAGCAAGAAGGGAGGAAGCCCAAGCCUGGAAUCUCGAAGCACAGCGGUCACUCGGACUUCAAGCAUUCACCAGUUAAUAGCACCAGCUUCAUAUUCUCCAAUUCAGCCUCAUUCUCUAAUCAAACAUCAACAGAUUCCUCUUCAUUCACCACCUCCUAAGGUUUCCCAUCAUCAGCUGAUUUUACAACAGCAACAACAGCAGAUUCAGCCAAUCACCCUUCAGAGUCCAACUCAAGAUCCGCCCCCAUCCCAGCACUGUAUCCCGCUUCCAAACCAUGGCCUUUCUCCAGCUCCUAGUAAUGCCCAGUCACAGCAUUGCUCACCAAUUCAGAGCCAUCCCCCUCCUUUAACUGUGUCUCCUAAUCAGGCACAGUCGGCACAGCAGUCUGUAGUGGUGUCUCCUCCUCCACCUCAUUCCCCAAGUCAGUCUCCUACUAUAAUUAUCCAUCCACAAGCACUUAUCCAGCCACACCCUCUUGUGUCUUCAGCUCUUCAAACAGGGCCAAAUUUGCAGCAGGCUACUGCUGAUCAGGUACAACCCACAGCACAGCUGAAUCUUCCAUCCCAUCUUCCACUUGCAGCAUCCCCUGUUGUACACAUUGGCCCAGUCCAACAGUCUGCCUUGGUGUCCCCUGCUCAGCAGAUUGUGUCUCCAACAUCACACCAGCAAUACUCAGCCUUGCAGUCAUCUCCAAUUCCAAUCGCAACCCCUCCACAGAUGUCGACAUCUCCUCCAGCUCAGAUCCCACCACUGCCCUUGCAGUCUAUGCAGUCUUUACAAGUGCAGCCUGAAAUUCUAUCCCAGGGCCAGGUUUUGGUGCAGAAUGCUUUGGUGUCAGAAGAAGAGCUACCUGCUGCAGAAGCUCUGGUCCAGUUGCCAUUUCAGACUCUUCCUCCUCCACAGACUGUUGCGGUAAAUCUCCAAGUACAGCCACCAGCACCUGUUGAUCCACCAGUGGGAAUGCAUUUGAACCAGUGUCAUCUGCACAAAGUUUUUUCUCUUAAGGUUUAUCAAGUAGAAGAUGUGUGUGAGGAAGAAAUGCCAGAGGAGUCAGAGGAGGGUGCGAGGACGGACAGAACACCACCACCACCCACUUUGUCUCCAGCAGCCAUAACUGUGGGCCGAGGAGAGGACCUGACAUCUGAACAUCCUUUGUUAGAGCAAGUGGAGUUGCCUGCUGUGGCCUCAGUCAGUGCUUCAGUGAUUAAGUCUCCAUCAGAUCCUGCCCAUGGCUCUGUUCCUCCACCACCACUCCUAAUUCCAGCUGCUGCCACGAGGGGCAAUAGCACAUCUAUGGCCAGCAGCGCUCCCAGCCUAGAAAACAAACCUCCACAGGCUAUUGUCAAACCUCAGAUCCUGACUCACGUGAUUGAAGGUUUUGUCAUUCAGGAGGGAUUGGAGCCAUUUCCUGUGAGUCGCUCAUCUUUGCUGAUAGACCAACCUGUGAAAAAGAGGCCUCUUUUGGAUAAUCAGGUGGUGAAUUCUGUGUGUGUUCAGCCAGAACUACAGAAUAACACAAAGCAUGCAGAUAAUUCAUCUGACACCGAGAUGGAAGACAUGAUUGCUGAAGAGACAUUAGAAGAAAUGGAUAGUGAAUUGCUUAAGUGUGAAUUCUGUGGAAAAAUGGGAUAUCCUAAUGAAUUUUUACGGUCAAAACGAUUCUGUACUAUGUCAUGUGCCAAAAGGUACAAUGUUAGCUGUUCUAAAAAAUUUGCACUUAGUCGUUGGAAUCGUAAGCCUGAUAAUCAAAGUCUUGGGCAUCGGGGCCGUCGUCCAAGUGGCCCUGAAGGAACAGCAAGAGAACAUAUCCUUAGGCAGCUUCCAAUUACUUAUCCAUCUGCAGAAGAAGACUUGGCUUCUCAUGAGGAUUCUGUGCCUUCUGCCAUGACAACUCGUCUGCGCAGGCAGAGUGAGCGGGAAAGAGAACGCGAGCUGCGUGAUGUGAGGAUGAGGAAAAUGCCUGAGAACAGUGACUUGCUUCCAGUUUCACAGACAGAGCCCUCUAUAUGGACAGUCGAUGAUGUCUGGGCCUUCAUCCAUUCUCUGCCUGGCUGCCAGGAUGUUGCAGAUGAGUUCAGGGCACAAGAGAUUGAUGGACAGGCCCUGCUCUUGCUAAAAGAAGACCAUCUCAUGAGUGCAAUGAACAUCAAGCUGGGCCCAGCCCUGAAGAUUUGUGCACGCAUCAACUCUCUGAAGGACUCUUAACAGAAACCCAAGACGUUGAUGUAAUAUCGGUUUUAUCACUCUUAAUGGUAAUGGUAAAGCCUCAUUUGGCUGAGAAUAUCAGACUGAUGAUGGAAGGCCAAGCACUUUGGGACCGCCACUUGCAGUGCCAACACUUCUCUUCAGAUACCCUAACUCAUCAUACAUUUUCAUAAUUAGCCAACGUUGGUAAAGUUAAUUUUACCAGUUACAUACAACACUGAAAGACUUGUUACAGAGGCCCAUAUUUUUCAAAGAAACAUGUUAUACUAGAUAAUUUUUUAAAGGUAAUGUUUAUCAUUAGUAUAAAAGAAGCCUUUUAAAAAUAAUUAUUGAUUCACACCCCCCCUUCUUUGAUUCUGUUUUCUUAAACAUUUUUCUACCCUGUUAGUUUUCCAAAGGUUAUCAUAGAGAUAUAAGGUAAUUUAGGAGCCCAUUGACAGAAUCGAAUGCAAUGAAGUAUCAGUAUGUUUAAAAAACCUAUCUUCCUGACAAAUGCUUUGUCUUUAAAACAGGAUUGUGUUCUUGCAUAAGCAGUAUUUAUGGAGGUCACAAAAGUCUAUAUUCUAGACUUCACCCAGAUCGGCAUGACUGACAGUUUUCCUCUUGGUUUUGUACAUUAAGAGCAAUAGUUCUCAGUGGAGAGGUCUCUUUUUGUCCUCCAGGGGGCAUUUAGCAGUCUCUAGACACAUUGUGGUUACCACAGCCCGUGGCUGUUACAGGAACCGAGGAGGUGGCAGUGGCAGUGCACAGGACUAUUACCAAGAGUGACCUGUUAGAGAUGCCAGUAGUGCCAGGGUUCAGAAGCUGGUGAGCAAGGAGUGCUGCGUGUUGGUCUUUUUCACGUGCAGGGAACAUAAAGAUAAGGUCUGAUAAGGAGUACAUGUAUAGUGAAGUAUUAUUCAGAUGGCAUUAAUGUUCUGCUGAAGUUUUUUUUUUUUACAGUUUAAGUGUAUACUAGAAAAGGGAAGAAAAUCCGUAAAACUGGUCUACAAGAUUAGUGUAAUUUACAGAACAUGUGACUGAUAGGGUGUACGACACUGGUCACCUUUUCCUGACUGUUGCCCUGUACUGGUGAGGGUGGAAGAUGCAGUCAUGCCUGGGAGAGUUGGCAGUGGGGUGUGACCCGUCCGUGUGCUCUCUCGGAGCGACCCUGCUUGAAUUCUUCCCAUAAAGCAUUGAAAGUGACUUCUCUUAAUCAAGUGUUCACUCAGUAGUUAUUUUCUGUAGAGUUAGGACAUUAAGACAGAAAUUUCUGUGGGUGCUCUGAGAGCCUUAAGUGCUGGGCAUCAGAUGAGAAAUCUCAACAGUUAAAGGAGCGGCUAACAAGCCCUUGGCCACAGACGUAAGAGACAGCAGAGUCUAGCUUACUCGUUUUCACUGCUCUUUUCAGAGACUCUGCUGAGCCAGUAGAAGGCUAACAGAUGUCACAGAGGUAUCACAGAUAUUUAUCUUUUGUCUUUGUGUACAUUAGAAAUGUUGGUUAUUUUUAUACAAAAAUAUAGUGGGUAAUUUUUUUAAUCUUUAGAUGCCUCUUGUUCGAAUGUGUGCUUUGUGGGGUUGUUAAUGUAGUUGAAGAGUAUUCACCGGCAGUCCUGUGUAGACUCAGAGUGUGAGAGUAGCGGGAGGCUCGUGUUUCAAACCUACAGUAGUAUAGUCUCCGUUACAUAUUUCUUUGCAUCACAUUUUGUUAUUAACGUUUCUAGAAAGGUAGGUACUCUCUAGUCCAUCUCAUUUAUUAGUAGUAAUGAGUCGUCAUGGGAGUUGUCAUAGAUUUUCCCCUCAUCCUCCUAAACAUAGACUAAGCAGCACUCAGAUUGCUACUAUAUGAAGGAGGCACAAAGGUAGAUUUCCUCUGGAAUUAAAACUGGAUUGUAGUAAUCUACAGUUAAUACAGAGUUGAUUGUCCAGUAUAGACCUCCAGCAAUAAUGCUUCCCUCCUGCAAAUGCUUAUAUAUAUAGCCUUUAAGGUAUUAACUCUACAGUUCUACUAGAAUCAGCCCACUGUGUGCUUAUGAGAAGCCCCUGGGCCUAGCACUGCCUUUAAGUAUCCCUAAGCAGCGUACAAGAAGAGUUUCUGCUGGAGAAUGCCUUCUUGUCCUUAAUCUUAGAUGUAGUCCAGAUCUUCUGUUGUCUGCACUUAAAUUCAACAAGAAAAUACACUUUUUCCCCCUACAAGUGGGUUGUUUUAUUAAGAAAUGGCUUGUUUGCUGUCAUUUGGUAGUUCUCCCAUUGCUGCAGGUAUUUCUUUAAUUUAAUCAUCCUAAUUUGAAAGCUUUAAUAAUAUGUAUGUCCCUCUCUCUCCUGAACAUUAGACUGUUCAGUAUGACAUAGAUAGGAAGAAUGCCAUUUUCAUUCCCUGUUGUAUUACUAAGUGCUUUAAGAAUUUUCCUGACAAGCAGAGAGGAAUAUGGGUUCAUCCUACUUUUGCUACUCGAGUUUUCAUUUCCUUACUUUAAACCCCUUUUCCACUAUGGGACAUACCUUUCACAUUUUAUUUGUUUUAAGUUCUAUGUUCUUAGGGAAAUAAACAGCUGGCUUGUAAAAGUUACUUUAUAUGACAGUACUUACAAGCUUUGUGUAGAAAUGUGCAGGGCACAGCUACACAGCUUCAUUAUAAAUCAGCACAGCAUAGGAAUGCUGUCUUCGUCCGUGACAGCUUUGAGGGCAUGGAACUGCGAUGGUUACAUUCACUUCCAUUUGCUGUGGAGUUCUUUCUAAUUGUGACAUGCGGGUUAAAGCUUCACCUGGGAGGAGAGAUGCAGAAAAGAGAAGAGAGAUGGCAGUGAAUGAGCUAGAGAGCGGCUAAGAGGCAAAUGGGACUUCCCACUUGUGUUAGUUCCAUUAUUGCAGCAUUGAACACAUUUCUGCACUUUUUGGGUUACCUAAAUAAAUAGAAGUGGUUUUUGUGUGUGUGUGUUUUAGGAAUCCUGCUGCUUUCCUCUUUUUGUUGUUUGUAUUGGACCAUGCUUUUGAAUAAUUUUUUACAUAGUCAAUCUUCAUAUAAUAAGUGCAAAAUUGUUAGUCACAGAUCUGUUUACAAUACGAGUCUUGGAUUGAUGUCUUUCACAGGACACAGUUUCUUACAAGUUUGUUUAGUUGUGUGCCUCAGAACUCAGAGCCAUGCUUUAAGGGACUCAGUACGAUCCUGAACCAGAGUGGUAGGGAAGAGAUAGAGUCAUGUGAUUUUAGGCUUUGAUUUCAUGUGUAUACGUGAUUUUAGAAAGAAUAAAUUAUUACUGAUGAAUGUGAAUGAAGCUGAUCUUGCAGCUGUUGUCAUUGUGUGAACUCUGACUGGUAAUACUGUUAACGCAUUUCAGACAUGCUUUCAGCCUGAGAGGCUGUAUGUUGCGGUUUUAAGACUUUCAUCCUUUGUGAUGCCGGCAACACUUGCUGCCAACUGGUAUUGUUAGUGGCAUGGAAUGGCUUCACCUCAUUUCCUUCACUAAGCCUCUUCUGCCCCCAAUCCUACCCCAAAUAAGCUGCAUAGAGCUUUCUUAUUAGUUCUUGGCUUGGGGCUGGGUAGUAUCCUGCUUGGAAAUCUUCAGGAUUUUGUAAUGGGCUAGACCUUUAUAACCAUACCAGUUGUAUUUCAAUGAAAGGUUUGUCCAUCUAUGCAAAUCAUUUCCUAGGUAUGUUUCUUGUGCACCGUACAUCUAACUGUGUGACUGGUUGGACCUUGGACCCAUCUUUUUUUUUUCGUGUGUGUGUGUGUGUGUGUGUGGUUGGGAGCUGACAGGAACAUGACAAGGCUAGCUAAAUGAAGACAUUUAACAUGAUGGUGGUCAUUAGCAGCUUAGAAAGACCCAUGGUGCUGGGUAGUUGGACUCCCAUUGUAGCAAUGUGAAGGUUUUACAGUGUUAGUUGUUCUGUUUGCUGGUACUAGGGUCUGCGGUCAGGGCUUCACACUCCACCUCUGAGCUUACAUCCUGUGCUUUCUGCUUGAUUGCCUUUACUAACCUGGAAUUGUGAUCCUCUGGCCUUCUUUCAAGUGUUGGAGUGCAGGUCUGUGCCACCAUGCCAAACCUAGCCCUGGUGGUUUUAAAUGUCAAGAUUUGCCUUUAAUCAAAUGAGUUCUUUCUCUUAUCACCUGACCCUGCUCUGAGGUGGGCUGAUGUUACUGGUACCACUGGUACCCAAGUGAGUAGUCCUGGAUUUCUAAGGAUAACUGGUAAGAGGGGGAGAGGGAGUGUAUCUGUCAGAGCUUAGAAGUUGUUGUGAGUAGACAGAAAUUAGAGGAGUUUCCACAUUGGAUAUCACAGUUGACACAGUCUUGCAGGGCACUGUAAGGCAGUUUGUGUCUCAGUCUGAGGAUCAGUGACUGGCUCUUUUCCCUGACUGGGUCCCAGUAAGCACAAGCCUGCCUGUGUUCAUGACAUGAGCUGUUUAACUCACAGCCACCAGUAUUGAUAUCAGUCCAUUUAGAAUAUUUUGUUUCAUCUCAAAGAUUAGUUUUCAGUUUAGAUGAGUAAAAAUAAGUGUUAGAAAUAGUAAAUAUGUUACUAAUAUUUAAUUUUAACCUAUUGAACCAUAUAUCUUAAAUUCUCUGGGAAGAUAUUUCUUUUGUGUUAGAAGAUUAUAAAAUGCAUUACCCUAUAGUUUAUAGUUGAAAUAAAAGCUGUUUCUUCAAUUUAAAAUGUUGAAAAUGACAUUAAUUUUUUUAAAAAGUUACCUAAAAUAUUAAGACCUUAUAAGUUGUGCGUAUUAGUUCUAGAGUUCAAGCUACUUUGAAAUUAUACUAAGAGAAAAUUUUCUUUUUCUUUUUGAAAGUUACAAGGUACCAAUUGAAAAACAAUUACUACCAUCAUGUUCCAGAGUACAAUAUUAGGAGGUCCUGCCCUCUGUCGUGAAGUGGUCCCAGCUUCCCUAAGACAGAGUCCCAUGUGUGUACACACUCUCUGGCAAGUGCCAUAGUUACGGGAAAUUAUUUCCAUGGUGAUUUUAUUUUUUUUUCCCUUUUGGUAGCUUGUGGACAUUGUGUUUUAUUUAAAAAUGCAAUUAAAGUAAAAUGUUAGGUACAAAAUGAGAUUCUAACACCUUAUAUUUAGGCAGAGGUCUUUCUGUUGCUUUUCAAGUGUACACCUACUGCUCUCCGUGAUAUUCCUGGUAUUGGGUAUGAAUCUGUAGAAAGAAAAAUUUUAAAGAAGGUAUGUAAUGAAUGAAUUUUAAUUUUGAAACAAUCAGUAUAAGUUUAAAACAUGCUAGCAUGGCAUAACUUAUGAACUGUAAGAGGGAUGGAUUGAGUCCUUUUAUACUGUCUAAGUCAACAUCAGCCGUCAUCUUAGAUGUCAUAGUCCCUGUUGGCUUGAUGGAGUACGGCAGUGUCAACUGUGCUUUGUGGACGUUUCUCUGACACUGGUGAAAAGGCGAGGAGAUCACAUCAUUGAAACAAACAUGAGCCCACUGUAGAAGGAAGGGACUUUUGUAGUCUUGCCUCAAGUAAACUAAAUAUGUACAGUGUUUAAAGUUCAUGUACUUAGUACCUGUGUUAAAUGUUUUGGUAGUACUAAAAAAUGAGCAAAAUUGCUAUUUUUCUUUAGUAGUGAGUAACAUAAAUCCACUAGCUGCAUUGCCCUGCUGAGUGGAGAUGAAACACUGUGGCUGUGAACUUGGGAUUGCUCCCGAUGGCAAGUUAGCUUGGUUUGUAAUCUCAUCUGGAUGUGCAGUGUGAUUCCUGCACUGCUGACUUUUGGCUUAAGUAAUUACUGAAUAAAUAUCCUCCCCCAGCUCUAAAACUAGUCCUGAGCUCCAUAGUUGGGAUGACCACAGGUGACUGAACGCACUUCUUCAUCCAUUUGUCACUAUUGGACACUUCGCUGUGUGCAGCAUAUAUGACUAAAAAGAAAAUAACAAACCCAGUCUUCCCAGACAACCUCACUGCUGCAUAAGCAUAUAUGUACUUACUCCCAGUUAAUGCCGUUGCCUGGGAACAACCGAGGGGUCCAGUCACAUCACCCCUCAGGCUGCACAUCUGUUGACAACAGUGAGCACACCUGCCGUGACAGCUGUGAGGGCUGUGACAGGCAGUGUCAGACUAGUCCUGGGCAUGGCGUGUGGCAGAUGAGAAGCUGAUGUGGAAUCUUAGACAUCUUUAGAUCCAGUAUUGAUAAGAGCAGUUUUCCAAAACAGAAACAGCUGAGAGGAGGCCAGAACAGGCUGCUGCUGUUUCUCCAGUGUUGACUGUGGUGUGCGCUGCUGUCAGUCAGAGGAGGGAUGCACUGCAUCAUGACACACAGGACUGGUAAUAACGCAGGUCCUGCUGCGCUGGCAAGUGUUUGGGGAGUAAAGAUGGAGUCACAAUCAGUUAUAAUUGGGUAAAUUCUCUUGUAACUCUGGGAUUCUGUGAAUCAGGUUGUAAUUUUUUCUUUAAAUACUAAUAUCAGUUGAUGAUACUAACAUUCUUUAUAAAGAUAUAAAAAUAUAUUUUAAAAACUUUUAUGUAUCAUAGCUGUAGCUUUUUAAGGUGGGAAAAUGUCCAAGUAAAGUGUUAGAUGACUAUAUAUAAUGGAUGCAUUCGAACAGAUUUUCUUUUUCUUAAGGUAUACUAAUCUAAAUAGCUCAGUAAUCUGGCCUUUAAAUUGUUCUGUGAUGCUGGUUACUCUUAAAGUGUUUUAAAUUCUUUAAAGUAUACCUAAAUUGUAAAAUAUCCCAUGCUAUUUAGAUCUCUGUAGCAUUAACACUGAUUUUGUAGAUGUAUUCUUGGAACUUCAUACUUCAGCCAAGAAUACAGAAAUUGUAAUUUUGUGUGUGAUUUCUCACAUUGAUGGACUGCUAAUCACCUCAUUCAAAAGAUGGGUCUUAUUGUUUUUGUUUUUUUUUCCAAAAUUGAGACGUUCUUGGAAAGUGCAGGAUUGUGCUAGGAAUGCAGGUUGUGUGUUGCAGACAGUGUGCACAGGAGCGGAUGCUGACAGUAGGAAAGGACUCCAGCCUCUUGAUUCAGGUAGAAUGUUCUCUUUACUUCUUCAGAUUUGUUCCACAGGGGCAAGUUGCUGUGAUGAACUACUUUUUAACCUUUUAAGCACAUUUAAAAAAAAUAAUCUUAACUUUUGAUUCUUCCCAUUGUUCUAUAAUCAAAGUUUCAUAAUAAAAUCUCAAAAGAUGAUUCAUCAAGGAAAAAAGCACCACCAACGGGGAAAGAAAAUGUGUUUUAAUCUUAGAGAAAGCAAAUAUUAAGGUUAUAUGGAUGUGUCUUACAUGGGAUGUUGUAUUAGAGUCCUCACAGAAAAUGACAUAGUUGUAGUACCUUACAUAGACUUCCUAGACUGGUGUUCAUAGCUACAGUUUUACGAUGUAUAACCUGAAAAUGAAGUUAAUUUUGCAUUAUAAGAGCACACCAUUAUCUAUGUAAAAACUGUUCAUUUGAUGUAUUUUUUUAAGAAAAGAGAAAGCACUUUCAUAUUAAGUCGCAUGUGUAUGAAUUUUAGACUUCCUGUUUGUAUGUCUAUUCAGUGAGUAAAACGGAGCAUCAGAUGUUUGCUGGCGAUGUUAACUGCUAAUGGAAGCACCUUAUACUCUGCUGCUUAAACUUGCUUGGAUUGCACCUUUGUUACCUGCACACUUUCACAUAGAGUAUUGUAACAUGGCUUUGAGUGGGUCUGGGUGGAAGAUUAGUGGUGGGCCUGCAGGAUCUUUUAUUUAUGUUGUUUAUAUUACAAUAAUAUAUUGUAGACCAGUUGUAACUUCAGUUCUUUACAAAUAAAAACCUGAUUGGUU